UUCCGCCCCAUCGCGCGUGUUGCUUGCUCAACUUUCCGCCAAACACCACCUCAUUUCCCCAUCUCCGCCGGAUGGUUACGGAGCACUUGUGCUUGUACAGUACAUUUAGGGGCGGCGGGAAAACUCCGGGAUCUUCUUUUCUCCUCCACGGCUCCUCCCGUUCUAUCAAAAGCGGAAGGAAGGAGGGGGGGGUUCCCUUUUUUUUAUUUUUGUUUUUAUUUUUGUUUGUUUGCUUUUUUUAUUUUUUUUUAUUGUAUUUAUUUCAUUUUCAUUUUUCAUUUUUAUUUUGCUCCUGCUGUUUUAACUACAUGAACAUGCUUGCGCGUGUUGAGGGAGAUUGUUUUUCCCUUUUCUUCUUCUUCUUCUUCUUCUUCUCUUCUUCCUGUCGCUUUUCUUCUAUCAUCUUUUCUACAGCUAUAUGCUAUACCACCUCUACGAUUGCUACUACUACGCUGCGUCGUUGAUUAAAGCUCCAUACACACUACCUAUACAUCCUUGUUAUAUCCGGCUUGUACCAUAUCUCUCUAGCUUCUCUCCGCAAGCUUCCCCCCCCAAUCCAUCCAUCAUCUAUCCUCUUUGUUCCCCAGAUCCCUGUGCAAGCCAACUCUACUCUUCUACAACAAACCACCCAUCUAUUCGGGACAAGCCGUUGGCUUUGCCUUUUUCGUUCUGUUUCCUACUUCUUAUCCAAUCUCCUCUGCCAACUACAACAGUGCAUGCAUGCACAUGUAUGUACGAACAUCUACCACGACGAACGAACAGCUUUUGGACCUAAUCGUCGUCUACCUGUUUGCUUUGGAAGAAAGCAUUCCACGCGCUGGUUUCUACAUGUUUGCAGAGUAAAGAAACUUGCAUGGAAGUGGUUGGAUCUCAGCGCGGCCCUCGAUUAUUUGCCUCUGUACCCCCCGUUACUACUGUAUACAUCCCGCUGUUCAUCUUCAUUUCUCCCCCCCUACGACCGCCACUACUACUACUACUACCUCCUUUGCCUGGGUCAUCUUACUACUUCGCUCUGAUAUCUAACUGUGUGUUAUAUCUCUCACCUCACCUUUUUGUUCGUCUAUCCUCGAGGUGUUUUGGCUAGGAGUCCUGUCUGUGUUGAGGUUCAGUCGAGCAUCUGGCAGAUCUGAUAUCCCCUAUAUACACACUUGACCUCUCUAUUCACUUCAACACAACAACACAGCAACACCACAACAACACAACAACACUGCGCAGUGAAUUGAGCCGCAGCUGCCUGGCAACAUCACGAGUCCGAAUCGGGACAGCGAGCUGAUCGUACCUGCUCUUUCCUGCCCCCGUCGUUGUUUACCAUCAACACAACAACAACAGCAACAACAACAGCAACAACAACAACACAAAAUAUAUAAACAACAACAACAUCCCUCAUCCCUCAUCACCAUCAUCCUCUUUACAUUCUCCUCUGCCACUUACGGUUGAACUUCUCUUUUCCAUCCACCACUCCUACGAGAUUAUCUCCAGAACGAUUUCGUUGCGCUGCAAAUAGCCAACCCCUGACCAAGCCAAACCCUACUGCUCCUAAGUCUACCAAAGAGUCGAACUUGUCCCUCCUUUUCAAGGGGCUAUUGCUUCUCACGUCGCUUGUUGAAAGUUAGACUUGUCCUACUCUGAUCAGGCCGCGUGCUUGGACUUCUACCACGUCCUCACCGUUGAUAAACAUUGGUGUUGCUACACGGUCAUCAUCAUCACCAUCAACAUCACCAUCCCUAUUCCAUCUGUACUCUCAACACGAAGUCUUUUUUCUUUUUCUUUUCCUUCUGCUAAGGUCUCUUUAUCUUGCUUGAGCUAUCUGAUUGGUCCUCAGCGCGCUCUAGCAUUUUCUUGACCCAAUAUCUCUCUUCACACUGCCCUACUCCCAUUUUUUCACUUCUCAAUUUUAAGCUGCCGUCGAACUGAUUGCCCCAUGUCCCGGAUUCUUCGACACGUUUUAAUACAAAACUUUCAAGCAGCGCAGGCUUCCGCCGCGGAGCCCACUAAUAUGAUGGACUGGGAACCAACCCCCCAGGAAGAUCUUCUUCCACAUCCCGCACCCGAGACUAGCCACCAGCAAGAUCAACCUAGUGUCAGUCAAUCUACACUUCCUGUCAAUGAUGUGGAGGAAGAUACCUACCCACAACACCUCCCUAUUUGCCCUCCAAAUCCUCUUCCGUUUGUUCCGGAGCCUGUUCCGGAGCGACCUCAAAUAUACCCCCAGCCAGAAUUCUUGAAGCCUCGAAGAAAAACUUUACCUCAACCCCUUCUAAGCGGGCCUCAACCACAUCUUGUCAACGUUUACCGUGCCCCACCAGUUUCACGGAAGAGUCUUAUUGAUCAACUUACAUCUAAAAAACAUCGUUCUGGCAACCUAUUACCGCCAAUCUCGAAUCGCCAAGCAUAUUUCCGCAGUGUUGCGGAACCAGCAAAAACCUGGUAUAUGCGAAACCAGGCUGAAGAUAUUGCAAUGCAACGACCGAUGGUUGAGCUUAGAAACCAAUUCACUACCCGAAGAGGCAACAACCCAUAUCCAUAUACUCCCUCGCGAUCGGCUCCUCAGUCGGCGGCUAGCCCAAAUUCACGCAAACGGCGAAUCGAGGCUGUUGAUGGCUACGCAUGCGAUGAGCAUAGGGCUUCACGUGACGGCCAGGGGGGGAUGCACAAUCACAAACAACCAGCAGGAGCACAGGUUACUGCUAUACCCGAGUCACCUAUUGACACAUCAAUGGUCGACGCGCCUCCUUAUGAAGGCUCCCUACUCCAAGCAUCUCCAGUCCAUGGUCGUACUGAAGAUGACAUCUCACAAAUCCAACGGACUCCUCAACACAUGCCUGGUACUUGGCCAGCGACUCCAGUUUCUGUCCGCCAGAUCGCCAUUCCACCCACUGAAAUAUUUCACCUGAGCGAAGCCGACGCCGGCUAUAUGCGAGACCAGGUAGCUCUAAUGUCGGGCGCAUUGGCUGGAUGCCGACGAACUUCAAGCCACGGGAUGGUAGUCCCACUGUCCGAUGGCAAUGCCAUUCCUCCUACAUCUCCAGAACAUGCAUAUGAGCUUCAACGACUUUCAUACUUGCAAGAUAUAUUGCAAGAAGUUUCUGACACCUAUUACCCGAUACUAAGAUCAUCACGUUUCGCUAUAGAAGCAGUUGGCAACAGAGUCAGACACACCUAUCGAGAAUUCCUUCAAGCAGCUGUUGAAGUCGUGGGAAGUGCAAAAAGACGGGCAGUGGCGAUCUAUGAUAAAGUGACUUCUAAAUUCGUCCGGCGCAGAAUUAAUCGCCAACAACAAGACACCAGAAAUCUUCGUCGCGCGUCGUCUACCGAGCGCCACCAAUUGAAAGCUCGGAAGUUAGGGAUGGGCCAGAAGAAACAAGGCUCCUCAUCCCCCCAAGUCAUAAUUGACGAGUAUGAAGAUGUCACACCUCCUCGCCCGCCUCGCGAUAUGCCAGCCUCAGACAUGAUAGACUAUUAUCGUCUUCCUAAGGAAAAAGCUCCUACCCGAACACUACUCACCACCACCACCACCACAAAGGAUGGUAUUGUGAAAGGCGCAAAGGUACAGAAGAAAAAGCUGAGUGACAAAGCCAAAUCGAAAACCAGAACGUCUCGAAAGCUGGCUCAACUUAGCCAAGAGGAUGUGAACAAAGCUGCCCUUCCGCGAGCUCCAAGACGCGGCGAGUUGAUUAAAGGAGCUUGGCCAAAUGCCAUACCACCUAGUGCAGCUGCUCUACGGGCAUACCAUGAAUCUUUUGCGAAAUUGAGGAGUAGACCUAUUGAAGAGAUGUCGGGAAUUGAUAUUCCCGAGCCAGAAAAUUGGCCCCCUCGUCCCCAACUUCCCCCGACUACUACUCCUCCUUCCUCACCCCCGCCGACAGAAUUGCCCCCUCCAGCGGAAGAAAUCACUUGUCAACCUGAAGCAUCUGUUGAAGCUGAAGAGCCUGAGCCACCCAAAGAGGGACUGUCCCCCUCCUCUCCCGAGUACGAAGGUUUUCUGACCAGCCCACCUCGACCACGACGCGAAGCCAAAGAAGUCCACUGGCUUGAAUCGGAAUCUCCAAUGGGACGGCCAAUUUCUUCAGUGCGAGCCUACGAUCCUCUUUCUCGUGUCACGCCAUUUCAACCACUCGAGUCUGUCACAGCAGAGGAAUCGGGUCGCCUAGCUCUAGAGCUAACGGAUAAGGAAACACCGGCAGACCACUCGGUCCAGUACGACCAACCCCUUCUACGAUCUCCAGAAGUCCCCUACGUCAAGCACUUGACAGCCAACUGGGAAGCUAAAGUAGACCGUGCGAUGGCUCUUUCCGACAAAAGUGAGGUUGGGACCACGCCUCGCGGCGAACCCCUCACCCGGAAAGCCCUGAACACGUGUUACACGAAGCUCGAGUGGCUCAACGAUGAAGUAAUCAACGCGUAUCUCGAGUUGAUCGUCGACCAUGCACGUCAGGAAGCAGGGAAUUCUGGGCGGCACGACAAGCCCAAGUACCACGCCUUUUCAACAUACUUCUUCUCGAACCUUCGGGACAAAGGUUACGAGAGCGUAAGGCGUUGGGCGACACGUGCCAAGAUCGGGGGCGAGAAAUUGUUGGGGGUGGAGACGAUUUUCGUCCCCAUCCACGACCGCUCGCACUGGACCCUCAUGGUCGUAAGACCGGCCGCUCGAACGAUCGAGCAUUUCGACUCCCUGGGGUCACCUUCCUUGGGCCACAUCGCCACGGCCAAGGAAUGGCUCCGAGGUGAGUUGGGCGACCUCUUCGUGGAAGAGGAGUGGCGGGUGCUCCCGUCGAUUUCCCCACAGCAAAAUAACGGCAGUGACUGCGGGGUAUUCCUCCUGACGACUGCCAAGUUGGUAUCGUUGGGCAAGCCUCUGAGAUAUGGGGCGAGGGAUAUUCCCGAGAUCCGUAAAAGGAUCGUUGCCGAGCUGAUGAAUGGGGGUUUCUUCGGUGAUUUCGACCCGAAGAAGGACGAGAUGUUUCCCGCUAGGUCGAUGCUGUGAUGGCAGCAUAGGUUCUUUCUGGGUUCAUCUUCGUUUUUUUCUUCUGGGGAGAUUGCAUCUUGCCAGGGAGGGGAGAGGAGGGGGUGGUUUUUUCUUUUUUUCUUUUAUUUUUUCUUUGGACGAGGGAUCGCGUUUUUUUUCUUUUUCUUUUUUUUUGGUACGAGUCCGACUCGCAAGAUCCGGGGCUUUCUCCGUCCUCCUGCGUGCUUCUGGGUUUGUAACCUUUUCUUUGUCUUUUCGGUUUUUUUUUGUUUUUUUUCUUUUGGUUAAGCCCGGUACUCGAGCCCGGCUUUAAGCACUCCCGUGCUUAUAUGCCUUGGAGUUUGUGUAUUCGGUGUGUUUUUAUUAGUAUUUUUUCUUUCUUUUUUUGUCUCGUUUUGCAUGUUGGCAGGAAAUGGUGCUGUUUAUUUCAUUCCUCGUCCUAUCUGGCGUUUUUACUUUGUAAUUUGGAAGGGUAUGUAUCUAGAGCUGCUAUUUUGUUUUCUCUCUUUCUUUCUUUCUUUUUUUUUUUUUUCGUUUUGAUACCCAAUGUUUUUCGCGGGGGCGUUAAGUUUUGUUUAAUUUUUUGUUUCUCAAAAAUAGAUUUCAUGUUUGGACGACCCCGUUUUUUGUUGUCAUUAUAUUUAUAUUCUUUCAUCUUUUAUAAGAGUAUGGGCCGGCGGUUGGGCCCCAUUGACAUUCUAUACCUUCUCUUUGCCUACUGAUUCCGCUUCUUAGCAAUACGUGAAUUCAUCUGAAGAGUCUUGCAGCGCACUAUCGCCGUUCAUAAUAUGUCAGUUAGAUAAUUCGAGCGCUACAGGAAUGAUAGGAGGAUGAGCAGAACGACUGUCGUUGGUGACAUUAUUAAUAUAUAGUUAAUAAUAAAGGGAGCUAAGGUAAGGUAUCAAAGUGAACUAGCUUUGCAAUGCGGCCAACAUCCUUCAGUACAGCAAAACCGAAAUAUUAGAUUAAUUAACCAACCCA